UACCAGCUGGGCACUCAGCAAGCGGUGAAGGCUAUGGUGGUAUGAGGACGCGCGCGGACCUCUCAGCGAGCUCCUGUGACUGUGACUGACCCGCGGCGCUGCAUCGUGUUGUGACAAGAUGUCUGUGAACGAGGUGUAUGUGUUCCGGCCCUUCAAGCUCAUCGCUCUGCUCUGCGUCUUUCUGGCGCUGUGUUUGGACUUGGUGGCUCUGCUGAGUCCAGCCUGGGUCACCGCGGAGCAUUUCUCCCUGUCCCUGUGGGAGUCCUGCUCCCAGUCCGAGGCACGACACCCGGCAGAGGAGGCUGAGUGGAGCUGCUUCUCCACCCUCACAUCUGACUGGCAGAUUGCCACCCUGGUGCUGCUGGUGGCCGGUGCCGUGGCAACUCUGGUGGCCUUCUUGGUGGCCCUGAUUUCCCUCUGCCGGGGGACACAAAGGCAGCACUACCGCACCGUGGCUGUGUUCCUCUUCACUGCAGUGGUCCUGCAGGCCUGUGCUCUGGUCCUCUACCCGAUCAAGUUCAUUGAUGGAACGGUUCUUCAGACCUAUCACGAGUUCAACUGGGGCUACGGGCUCGGCUGGGGAGCCACCAUCUUCAUGUUGGGCGGAGGGAUCCUCUUCUGCCUGCGGACGGACAUAUAUGAAGAUCCAGUGUUCUGAAUACUUUAUCAACCCUCAACCGCUGAAAAUACACACAUGAACACACACAUGCACGCAUGCACGCACACACACAUACAGACAAAUUCCCAUGCAGGAGGCGUGCUGUUUUUCCUCUCUCUGCACACAGUCGAUAUGUGUGUGAACACAGACUCAAUCUCUCUCCUUCUAUUGCUGUCUUGCUCUCUCUGCUAUUUUUAGGCAGGUUGUGAAGGCCUGACUCAGGCCAGGGCUGCAUGAACGGGUCUCUCAGCCCUGCCGGUAUCAGGGGUGAGCGGCUAAAGCUAAAGCACAGAGAGCUUUCUGGACAGGCACGAGCCUCCGAUGCUGGACGUUUCCACUGCACGCUGACCUGAAUCUCUAUUGUUAGAGAAACGGGACAGUAGAUCCUCAGCACAGACCUGAAUGUGCAGUGACUGAACAUUGAAGGGAUUAACUUAUCUCCACAUUUUCUUUUUUGUUUAAUUCUUUUUAUAGCAUUUAACAAGGACAAGCUUGUUGUUAAUGUAUUUAUGGCAUCAUAGUCCACCUCAUAAAUAUUGAUAAAGAUGAACUUCUUCUUGCGUGUGUUCUGGCUGAAACAUAUCUAUUAACGCUAAGCCUUCUAAUGGUCGCAGUGUAAAUCAGACAGCUUCAAUAUGUGCUAGAGCCCUCGAGUGUUCAUGCUUUGUUUUGAAACUCAUGCUAGUUUCUCUCAAAUGAAAUAUGUAAAUGUGUACAAAGUAUUUCUACAUGAAGGAUAAAACAGAAUAAACCAUCGUAGUUUGGGAAGUUU